AUGUCCUCUUUCUUCACCGUUCCCGGUGCGCAGAAGAAGCGCAAGCGACCCGCGGCCCCGGACGCGCCCAAGAAGCGAGUCGCUGCCUCCAAGUCCUCCGGGAAUUCCUCUCUCAAGGCCGCCUCGGCGACCAAGAAGCGGGCCAAGCGGGACGAGUCGAGCUCCGAAUCCGAAGACGACGACGAUGAGAGCUACGACAGCCCCUCCGACGUGGGCGAGGAAAGGGAGGCGAGCGGUUCGGACGAGGAGGAAGAGACUGCCGCGGAGAAGAGGCUGCGGCUGGCCGAGCGAUACCUGGAGAACGUGAAGCAGCACGUGGACGAGGUCGGCUUCGAUGCCGCCGAAAUCGACCGAGACCUCAUCGCCGAGCGAUUGCAAGAAGACGUUGCCGAGACGAAAGGACGGGUCUAUCGUCAGUUGGCUUCCAAACUCGCCUUUGGAGAGGCAUCCCAGACCUUCUUCCGAACCAACACCAACGCCGUCACAUCCGUCGCCGCCUGCGCACCCUACUUCUACACCACCACCAAGGACAUGUACCUGCAUAAAUGGAGGACCCAAGACCUUCCCCAGCAUCAAUAUCCGCAAACGACAAGACGCAAACCGAAGAAGCCACCGGCGCCGCCGAGGAAGAAGCCGCAGCUGGAAUCCUGGAUCCGGGGCAACGCGGGCAAGAGCAAGGACAACACCUACAAGAGGCACGUUGGCCAGAUUCUGGCCGUUGCCGCAUCGCCGGAUGGAAAAUAUGUCGUCACGGGCGGCGAGGACAAGAAGCUCAUCGUCUACGAUGCUGCGACGCUGAAGCCGAUCAAGGUCAUGAGCCAUCACCGUGACGCCGUCACCGGUCUGGCUUUUCGCCGCGGCACGAAUCAGCUGUACUCGUCCUCGAAGGACCGCACUGUCAAGGUCUGGAGUCUGGACGAGCUGGCCUAUGUCGAGACGCUCUUUGGCCAUCAGGAUUCCGUCGUCGACAUCGAUGCCCUCGCCCAAGAGCGCUGCGUCAGCGUCGGCGCUCGCGACCGUACAGCCCGUCUAUGGAAAGUCAUGGAGGAGACUCAGCUCGUCUUCCGCGGUGGCGCUGUCGACAAGAAACCCCGUCCGGGCAUCGACCCACGUUCGCUCAUGCGCGAAGGCAGCAUGGACCGCAUCGCCAUGAUCGACGAUGACCUCUUCGUCACGGGCAGCGACAACGGCGCCAUUUCUCUCUGGAGCGUCACCAAGAAGAAGCCCGUCUACAUCGAAGCCUUCGCCCACGGCAUCGACCCCGCCCUCGCGCCCAUGCAGGCCUCGGCCGAGGAACACCCCAGCGCCAGGGAAAUCCCCGCGCCGGCGCCCCGCUGGAUCACGGCGCUCCGGACGAUCCCCUACUCGGACGUCAUCCUCAGCGGUAGCUGGGACGGCCACAUCCGCGUCUGGAGGCUUAGCGAGGACAAGAAGUCGAUCGAACCCGUCGCCGUCCUCGGCUACCACCACCAUGACGACAAAAACGACGAAGAUGACGGUGCGUCGGGACGACCAGGUGCCAGCGCUCCGCCUGCCAAUGAGUCCCGGCGUGCCAUCCACGGCAUCAUCAACGAUAUUACUGUGUUUGAGCGUGGCGACCGCGGCAAGGAUGGCCUGUGCAUCGUCGCCGCCGUGUCGAAGGAGCACCGCCUCGGCCGGUGGAAGGUUUGCAAGGGAGUGCGCAACGGAGGCGUCGUCCUCGAGGUGCCGAGGAUACAGAACGUGAUGACGAAUGGCGGCGAGGUACAAGAGGGCUCGGACGAGGACGAGGACAAGGACAUGGUCGAGAACGAAUAA